ACACAGAAAAAAUAAAAGAGAACUGUGCCAACACUCUCGAAUCCUUCGUAUCGCGAUUCAAAGUUUGAUGAUAGUUUCGUCGUCUUCUUCAAUGGAAUAACGUGUUUAGGCGUGUAUCACAUGGUGCUUUGUGUGACACCAAAACAACAAAAAGCUUCCAUACGAUUUAGACCCUUUGAAAAAUCUGUCGAUCGCUGUUGUAAAGAUCUGGGUUUGUGUCCUCGAUUUUGGUGAGGAUUGUCGGGGAAUAAGAAGACCCAUCUCUCACUUUAAUGCUCCCACAAAUUGAUUCUCUGUUUCUGAAUCUGAUUGUGAUUUUACAGAUUGUUCUGGGAAUAAAUGGGCAAUCCGGGUCCAGACACUGAGAGAAACAAGAAAAAUGUGGUCACAAGUGUGUUUGAUCCUGCAAUCUCUAGAUUCGUUGGAUUUUCUCAGAAGCUCCACACCCGUCUUAAGUCCCAGCUAAAGAAUUUGAAAGCUGAUAAACAUGGGUUUGGUUCUUCAUGGAGGCAAGAUAAAGAAAACUCAUCGAGUUCCAUUCAAAUUGAUCUGGAGAAACAGAUGGAUAUUUGGAGAGAAAACCCUUCGUGGACUGAUCAGAUCCCAGUCAUUAAGGUGAGUAUUCCAAAAGGAUCACUUUGCAAUCUCAAAGCCGAGGUGAAUGUUGGUUUACCUCCUGAUGCAGUCUAUAACAUUGUGAUUGACCCUGACAACAGAAGAGUCUUCAAGAAUAUCAAGGAGGUUAUGUCGCGGAAAGUAUUGGUAGAUGAAGGGUUAAGGCAAGUGGUGGAAGUAGAACAAGCAGCUUUGUGGAGAUUUCUCUGGUGGUCAGGGACAAUCUCAGUUCAUGUCUUGGUGGAUCAGAACAGGGCAGAUCACUCUAUGAAAUUCAAGCAAGUGAAGAGUGGAUUCAUGAAGAGAUUUGAAGGAAGCUGGCAAGUUAAGCCAUUGUUUGUGGACGAACAUAUGUGUGAUCGUUUGAAACCAAAAACGUUGGAUGAGUAUAACCGGUGCACUGGAGGCAAAGGGAGGAUCGGAUCUAAGGUCACACUAGACCAGCUAAUACAGCCAGCAAUUGUUCCACCUCCACCCAUUUCUUGGUAUCUCAGAGGAAUCACGGCCAAGACGACAGAGAUGCUCAUCUAUGACUUGUUGGCUGAGACCGCCAGGAUCCGUGCAGCUGGAGAAAUGGAGGAUGGUCACUCGUCGGAUGAGCAACGGACUGGGACAUCAGGGGAUAUAAAGGAAAGAUGGGCUGCACAUAGAAGAACAUCAAGGAGACGCCGGAAUGAUUUGUUUUAAGUCUCAAGUCCAUGAUUUUGUGAUAACAGAAACCUUGAGGAUUAUUGGAACACGCAGCAAUAUAAUGUUUGUUUUCAUAAGAUUCACUGCCAGAUCAAUGUGAGAAUAUGUAUCCAUCUACUUCCUUGUUGAAGAAAAUUACAGUUACAAUCAUAA